AUGCCAUUGAUCACAGAUCCACCGUUCAUCAUGACAACGAGAGCGGCGUACUUUUCCCCGCCGGAGGCAGAAAUCCUCAUGGAGGUUUACGAGGAGUCAAAAAGAAAACCCACAAGUGAAGCACGGGUGGUGUCUGGAGAGUAUCAGCGCCUAUCACAAGACUUAAGGGUCAGCGCUUUGAGGGAAUGUGACAUCACUCUGGCCUGUGCUGUCCUCCACAGUGUGGCCUGCCUGAGGAAGGAGAGGGCCCCCAGAGUGCCAUCACACAUGGACUGGGGCAAUCCUGCCUUCUUCCCUGGUGACGACAGUGACAUCAGCUCUGAGGAUGAUGAUUGUGGAGGAGGCCAACUCUGGAAUGAGGAUGUGGUCAUUGUGGUUGCAGAUGGUAACAUACAGAAUAACGAGGAGCUGAGGAUGGUGUUGGUGGGAAAGACCGGCAAUGGGAAGAGCGCCACCGGAAACACCAUCCUGGGUCGAGAGUGUUUUGAGUCGAAGUGUGGUGCAGAGUCUGUGACUAUGGAGUGCUCUAAGGCCAGAGGUACCGUGGAUGGACAGAAGAUCGCCGUCAUCGACACUCCAGGCCUGUUUGACACCAGAGUAGACAUGGAUGAGAUAAAGCAACGUGUUUCCCAGUGCAUCGUGUUCGCUGCUCCUGGUCCUCACGUGUUCCUGGUGGUUGUCAGGGUGGGUAGAUACACCGAGGAGGAGAAGCAAACGGUGCAGAUAAUUCAGGAAACAUUUGGCCAGGCUGCAGACCGGUACUCCAUGGUUCUCUUUACUCAUGGCGACAAUCUCGAGUCAACUAUCGAGCAUUUCUUGAAGGGAAGCCCCGAGCUGAAGGAGCUCUUGGCCCGAUGUAACGGCCAGUACCACGUCUUCAACAACAAGAGCAAAGAUCACUCCCAGGUGACUGAGCUGCUCAAGAAGAUCAGAAACAUGGUCAAGAGGAACGGAGGGAGUCACUACACCAACGACAUGUUCCAGAAGGCUGAGGUGGUGAUUGAAGUGGAGAAACAACGAAUCCUGAAAAAGAGUGAAAAGCAAUUUCAUGAAGAAACUGCAGCGUUGGAGAGAAGACUGAGGCAAGAACACGAGAGAGAGAUGAGAGCACUUAGACAGCAACUGGAGUCUGAGAGAGAUGAGGAGAGGAAUCAGCUGGUAGUGUAUGAUCACAGGAUGAAGGAAGAAAAGAAAGAGAUAGCAAUGGUGAUGUCAAUGAUGGGGAGGAUGACAAUGGAGGUGAUGACCAGGAUGGAGAACAUGCAGGAACAGCACGACCAGGCUCUGAGAGAGGAAAGAAGCACGUACCAGCAAGAGCUGAGAGAGGAAAGACAGAGGUAUGAACAGAGAUUUGAAGGGGAACGAAACAGGUAUGACCAGGCUCUGAGAGAGGAAAGAAACUCCUAUCAACAGCAGCUGAGAGAAGAACGAAACUCGUAUGAAGACAGACUGAGAGAGGGACAAAACAAGUACGAACAGAGACUGAUAGAAGAAAAGGAGAAGCUGAAAGAAGAGUUUGACGAAAAGGCCAAAGAGAUAGCUAUGAUAAAAGCGAAGAAAAUCUGUGUUGUCAUGUGA